GACUAGAGCCGGCCCGGCCCGCCGAGCGCGGCCCCCGGCCUGCCCUGGCCUCUCCUCCCCCAGGUGAAAGAGGAGGGAUGUCCGCUGCCGCCUCCGCUGAAAUGAUUGAAACCCCCCCCGUCCUCAACUUCGAAGAAAUCGACUACAAAGAGAUCGAAGUGGAAGAGGUUGUUGGAAGAGGAGCCUUUGGUGUGGUCUGCAAGGCAAAAUGGCGAGCUAAGGAUGUAGCCAUUAAACAGAUAGAAAGUGAAUCUGAAAGAAAAGCCUUCAUUGUAGAGCUUCGUCAACUGUCACGAGUAAACCAUCCCAAUAUUGUCAAGUUAUAUGGAGCCUGUCUAAACCCAGUGUGUCUUGUUAUGGAGUAUGCUGAAGGAGGUUCUCUAUACAAUGUGCUGCAUGGUGCUGAACCUCUGCCUCAUUAUACUGCUGCACAUGCGAUGAGUUGGUGUUUACAGUGUUCCCAAGGAGUGGCAUAUCUUCACAGUAUGAAACCAAAGGCCCUAAUUCACAGAGACCUGAAACCACCAAAUUUGCUCUUGGUAGCUGGGGGGACAGUUUUAAAAAUCUGUGAUUUUGGUACAGCCUGUGAUAUUCAAACACACAUGACCAACAAUAAGGGAAGUGCUGCUUGGAUGGCACCUGAAGUUUUUGAAGGUAGCAAUUACAGUGAAAAAUGUGAUGUUUUCAGUUGGGGUAUUAUUCUCUGGGAGGUAAUCACCCGCAGGAAACCUUUUGAUGAGAUUGGUGGUCCAGCUUUCCGCAUAAUGUGGGCAGUUCACAAUGGUACUCGACCGCCACUGAUCAAAAACUUACCUAAACCAAUUGAGAGUUUAAUGACCCGUUGUUGGUCCAAGGAUCCCUCACAACGACCUUCCAUGGAGGAAAUUGUUAAGAUAAUGACACACUUGAUGCGGUACUUUCCAGGAGCUGAUGAACCUCUGCAGUAUCCUUGCCAGUAUUCAGAUGAAGGGCAAAGCAAUUCUGCCACUAGUACAGGUUCAUUUAUGGACAUCACUUCUACAAAUACAAGUAACAAAAGCGAUGCAAACAUGGAACCAAAUGACUUCCAAGGAGCUUCUACCAAUGACACUAUUAAACGUUUAGAAUCAAAAUUGGCACAGCAAAUGAAAAAUACGGCCAAGCAGACGGGUGAUCCUGGCCGUUUGAGUUUACCACCGUCUCGUGGAAGCAGUGUGGAGAGCUUGUCAGAUGUUCGUGGGCGACCUCAGUCAGCCAUUGUUUCAGGAGAAGCCAAAAGGAUGAGUGCUGACAUGUCCGAAAUGGAAGCAAGAAUACCUUCUACCACAGCCUAUUCCAAGCCUAAACGAGGCCAUCGUAAAACUGCUUCAUUUGGCAACAUUCUGGAUGUCCCUGAGAUCAUCAUACCAGCAGGAAACGGACAGCAGAGGCGCAGAUCCAUUCAAGAUCUUACUGUUGCUGGAACAGAGUCCAGUCAGGAGAGUAGAAACAGCAGUAGAUCAUCUAGUCCUAGUGUGAGAAUGAUCACUACCUCGGGACCAACCUCUGAAAAGCCAACCCGUAAUCCAUGGACACCUGAUGAUGCAGAGACCAAUGGGUCAGAUAACUCCAUCCCAAUGGCGUAUCUUACAUUAGAUCAUCAGUUACAGCCUCUAGCACCAUGCCCGAACUCCAAAGAAUCUAUGGCUGUGUUUGAACAGCACUGCAAAAUGGCACAAGAGUAUAUGAAAGUUCAGACAGAAAUUGCGUUGCUGUUGCAGAGGAAGCAAGAAUUAAUAGCAGAACUGGACCAGGAUGAAAAAGACCAACAAAAUACAUCCCGUCUGGUACAAGAACAUAAAAAGCUGUUAGAUGAAAAUAAAAGUCUCUCAACUUAUUAUCAGCAAUGCAAAAAACAGUUAGAGGUCAUCAGAAAUCAGCAACAGAAACGGCCAGGCACAUCAUGAUUUCCUGGGACCUUUCGAAUGAAAAAAAAAAAAAAUAUGCACAGAAAAGACUGAUUUUUUUUUUUAAUUGUUAUUAUUAUCCCUUAUUAUGACAACUCAUGAGUGUUAGCUUCUCGGUGUGAUCUGUAUUUGUCUGCUACACUUAACAUCAUUUAAUUUUUCCUUUUCCUACGGUGGACAUCUGAUUCAACAGGUUAAUGAGAUAAGGUGAGAAAACAGUGACUUGAAUUAACCAACAGCCCACAGUAUAAAGCAAGAACAGUGGCUGUAUGCAUGCUCCUUGUGUGAAGGCUAGCCUAACAAGUGUUAAAGUGGCUGCUAAAUUGUAAGAUCUUGGUUUUAGUGUUUGGUGUUACCUUGAUAAGAGCAAAACAAAAACUUUCCUGUUUAAGAAUGGCUUUGUUCCAGUGUCUCAUCUCAAACAAAUUUAUCAUUAUUAUUUUCAGGACGUAAACAUGCAUCAAGCUGCAGAGGUGAUGUUGGCUGACCAGAGUAAUUCAUGAUGCAUUAGUGAUGCCUUUUAUCUGUAGUCGUAGUAUAUUUUUUCCACCUGCAAAAUGGUAGUCAGACUGAUGCCAGCAUCCUUGGUUCAGUGCUUGAUAGCCCUGCAUUUUGACUAAUGUAUUUGUUGUAAUCUUGGAUUCAUAAAAUAUUUGAAGUAAAACACUGUAUUUUCUUUACUUUCUUGGGGGGAAUGACAUGCAGUUUCAUGUAGUUACGGGGCAGCAGUUAUGAAAGUGAUUCACUGAGUAAAAUUGAUCCUUUGUUUAGAAGAAACAAAAAUGUACGAAAACAAUUUUCAAGCCUUUAAAGCUUUUUUUCUCUGAAGCUUUCUGAAAAUGAAAUUCAGAAAGCAAAUGAACGCAAUUUUAAAUUCUCCCUUCAUACCACUUCACGUGAAUUUUUUUUUUCUUUACAACUUACUUGCUGAACAGCACUUGCCAUAAAUGCAAAUAAGUUUGUUCUGGAUAGGAAGAAAAAAGCUCGGGGAAAUGAAUUUAUUUCAAGUAGCAAAUUAUGAAAUACAAUUGAGUAUGAAAACUGAGGAAACUGUUAAGAAAAUGAGGGAAAAGGCUUAGAUCUCCAUCAGGAAUCUCAGUUAUUCCACUCAUUUGAGCAUAGCUCAAAGGAAGUCCAUCUCAGAAUGCCUGCUGCUGCCUUUGUGAGUGAAGAAUUGCAUUUAAUGUACUCAAGCAGGAUAGAUAAUUAUCAGUGUCAUUAUUUAUCAUUAUUACAUGGGAGAAAACAACUACAACUACUUGUUUACAUUGCACAUUUGUUAUUUGGUCUAUGAGUUAACUUUUAGCUGGUACAGAAAUUAGGUAUAGAAAUAGAAAUUAGUCCUCACAUGAGCUCUUGGCACACUCAGGUGUUGGCAGGGCUUUAACAACAUUAUUUUGCAGAGGGAAAAUAAAAAUUUGAAAUUUAGCUGCUGAGCCCUCAAAAUAUGAGAGGUAAUAGGAACUUUGGUUUAUGUUUAUUUCAAAUUAAUAAUUAUUUUAUGGGAACCCACGGGCAGAAAUUAGAAAAACAUUAAUGGUAGAAAUAUCACAGCAUUUUCUAUUCCCCUUCCUGCAUACCUGAUAAUAAACAUCAAUACUCUUCUGCUUAUUUGUGAACAAAAAUGACCAACAGUUUACUGAACAGUGUCACUCUGUCUUGAAAAUAAAUCCACUGUUGGCAAAUUUUUAGGAAUAAGAAACAUGUCCCACUUUUACUUAAAUAAGGGAAGGGCAAUCAUUCCCAAAACCUUAGCAGAUAAUUUGAUUAGUUAGAUGAAACUGAUAUUGGGAUCAACUUAAGGGCACACGUAUUUAUAGUAAAAUGUAAUUGGUGGAGAAAAUAACUGUAGUAUUAGGAAUAGCACAAGUUAUCCAAAGCACUGCUGUUCACAUACAUCUGUCCAUCUACCAAAAUGGACUCACUCCGUGCUCAACAGCUUGCUUAACAUGUGCUUAAGCAUCAAGUAGAGCACAUAAAUACUAAUGCUAGACUUGAGAUGCAUGGUAGAUAAUUACACAUACAAAAUCAUUUCUCUGAACAGUUUUUACCUGGUUGCCUCAUCUUAAAACAGAUUUGCUUAAAAUAAAUUGAUACUGUCUACAAAAAGUCAAUUCACGGCAAAAUUUGAAUAAUGAAAAGUGAAAACAGUGCUUCAUGGUACGUAAUACAAAAGUCAGUUCUAACAGUAGCUCUUGACUUUUCGGAGUUUACAUUAAAAAGAAUCUCAGAUCGUAAAACAAGUGCUGUGCUCCAUUCAACAGCUGGGUUAUAGCGCUGUUCUUGUAACAUACAAGGGCAACUUGGAGUUUGGCCUUUGGCUUUCAAACUGUCUCUUUCUUAAAUGCACCUUUUUUUUUUUCUUUUUUUUUUUUUUUUUAAAUUAUUUGCCUAUAUUUUUCAGUGAAGUGUUCUGUGUGGCAAAAUUUGUGUUAAAAAAAGGAAAAAAAAAAAAACCACCCCAAAUAACGGUAAAACGUACCAAUUUGGGCUAUGAAGAGUUCAACAGCUUAACUUUCUAGUGACUAUUUCCAUAAGGCUCUUGUUUUAAAGUUGUUUACAAAUGUACUUUUCUCCUUUUGUUAAACUAUCUGGAGUGUUCAGGAGGUUUUUCAUGUACUCUUUUGUCCAGUUAAAGCCGUUCUUCUGGUAAUGGAGGUGACACAUCUAGUUUUGUCUGGGCAGGGCCUUCUAGGAAAGAUAACAGGCUCUGCUUUUUGUUCAAGUAUGUGUUCUGUAAGAUACUGUGUAACUGAAAGUAUGCUUCUGUACACUGUGCAGUUCUACCAAAAAAUGCUUUUUUUUUAGGCUUGUUUGUUUUGUUUUGUUUUGUUUUUUCUGAUGAGAAGCUGAAGAUUGUAAUUCAAAACUUGUAUAUAAAAUGGUGAAUGAUUUCAUAUGA